AUGCCUCGAGUAACUUCAACGCCAUCCCCUUCUGCGAAGUCUACGGCUCAGCAGCAUCAAGCCAACUACGAGGAUCGGUUCUUAGCCGUAGGAAACGGCGGCAUGGCAGGCUACAUCGACUACAUCGGCAUGCUCGCCCAACUGAACAGCGGCCUGGGCGUCGCAGUCGUAGGCGGCAACGCGGGCCACUCCGCCAUCGAGAAUAACGUCGGCGUCGGCGCCCCGGGCGUCUACCUCCCCUACCUGCACGACCGCGACCAGGUCGAGGCGUGGAUCCAUAACGCCAUCAGCCUCCUCGCGCCCGCGGCCAAGGCCUGGACGCAGGCGUAUUAUGGACGACGGCUGAGGAAGUCGUAUUAUUAUGGUUGUAGCACCGGGGGUGCGCAGGGGUUUGCGUUGGCGAAGUUUUAUCCCGGGUUGUUUGAUGGGGUUUAUGCGGGUUCGCCGGGGAAUUGGUAUAGUCAUCUUGCGUUGAGUUUUUUGUGGAAUGCACAGCAUACAAGUACGACCGAGACGAAGCUCACGCAGGCGGAGUUGAAUCUCACGACGAAUGCGGUGCUGGAUGCCUGUGACGAGAUCGACGGAGUCAAGGACCGUGUGAUCGAGAAUCCGUUACGAUGCCCCUUCGACAUCGACUCCCUCGCCUGCAAAUCCUCAAGUCAGCCAUCAUCAAAUCCACCUACCUGCCUCACCCCCUCGAAAAUCGCCUCCGCAAAAGCCAUCUACGCCGGCCCCAAACGCUCUGACACCCACCAACCCCUCUACGCCCCCUUCGCCCUCGGCAGCGAAAUCCAAUGGUCCCUCCAAGAAGGGCCCCUCGCCUCCGCCUUCAGCGUCCCCAUCCUCCAGAACCUCGUCUUCAACAGUCUUGAUUAUAACACCUCCACCUUCAACUGGGCCUCGGACGUCGACGCCGUCACCGCCCGCACCGGAGCCCUCAUCGACGAGAACAGCCCCAACCUCUCCACCUACCGCAACCGCGGCGGCAAACUCCUCGUCACGCAGGGCUGGGCGGAUCCCUACAACGCCGCUGAAGUCCCCAUCCAGCACCUGCAAUCCAUCCAGUCGUUCUUCCACGGCGAUGUGGGGGAUUGGUAUCGCUUGUUUAUGAUUCCCGGGGGAGGGCACUGCGGCGCGGCGAGUUAUUAUCCGCAGGUUCCGGCGGAGUAUCAUAUUUUGACCAAGUUGAUCGGUUGGGUGGAGAGGGGGGAGGUUCCGGAGAGUGUGCUGAGCUGUGCGCCGCCGGAUGGGAGUGCGAGGACGAGGAAGUUGUGUGCUUGGCCGGCGACGGCGAUGUUGGUCGGUGGGGAUGCGGAGGUGGCGGGGAGUUAUGUUUGUCGGUGA